AGCAGAUCACCCAAAACAUCACCGCACAUUUGCUUUGGCAAGACAAACCACAGCAAUUAAAGCAUGUCUGACGUGGAAGACGCACGACCGUCGGAGGAUGCUCAAGAAACUCAACCCGUACAGCGCCCAGGAAAAAAGGGAAAAUACCGACGAGACAAACCUUGGGACACUGAUGACAUUGAUCACUGGAAAAUUGAAGAAUUUAAACCUACCGACAACACCGCCCCGUUCUUAGAGGAAUCUUCGUUUGCUACAUUGUUCCCAAAAUAUAGAGAAGCGUAUCUUCGGGAAGUAUGGCCAAUGGUAACUUCCGCAUUGGAGCAAGUGGGAGUUGCAUGUGUUUUGGAUUUGAUUGAGGGAAGCAUGACGGUGAAGACAACGAGAAAGACGUGGGACCCAUAUAUUAUCCUCAAGGCCCGGGACUUGAUUAAAUUGCUCGCUCGUAGUGUUCCAUACCAACAGGCCAUCAAAGUCUUACAAGACGGUAUCGCUUGUGACAUUAUCAAGAUUGGUAAUAUUCUUCGGAACAAGGAACGCUUCGUCAAGCGACGUCAACGUCUGAUUGGUCCAAAUGGCAAUACGCUGAAAGCCAUCGAACUCCUCACAAACUGCUACGUCAUGGUGCAGGGAAAUACUGUGUCAUGUAUGGGUCCACACAAGGGGUUAAAGGAAGUGCGCAGGAUUGUCAUCGACUGCAUGAAGAACAUUCAUCCGAUCUAUCACAUCAAGGAACUAAUGAUCAAACGUGAGCUCGCCAAAGACCCGAAGCUAGCCCAUGAGUCGUGGGACCGCUUCCUUCCCAAGUUCCGCAAACCGUCAGCCCCCAAACAAAAGAAGCCACUCAGAAAGGUUAAGAAAUCCGACAGACCCCUCUUUCCACCAACACAGGCGCCUAGAAAAGAAGACCUGGAAAUCGAGUCCGGAGAAUAUUUCUUAUCGAAAUCUCAAAAAGAUGCUGCAAGGAUGGAAAAGAAGAAAGAAGCGCAAGCAGAAAACAGUCAAAAGAGGAGGGAGGAGCGGGAGAAAGCUUUUGUGGCCCCUGUUGAAAAGAUAGAGAAGAAGAUAAAGCAGGAAGCCAACGAAACGAUAUCGAUUGACGACUUGAAGAAGAAAUUUCAGGAUCAGGCAGCAAAGAAGCGAAAGAAGGCGGAAGACGCAAGAACGGAAUCAGCGGAAGAUUUCCUGAUCAAAGCGCCGUCCAAAAAAAAGAAGCAAAAGACAAAAUAUGAAGUGGAAUAAUUACGUUUCUCUCCUAAUUUUUCAAUGUGAUAGUUACACUUUGGGGCGGCGACUGUUUUGGGAUGCAACAUGUAAUUUUAUUGUCAAAUAGCCAUUCUUCAUAUUUGUUCGUUUAUAAGAUGGCACUGGUUUGGAAUUGCCCUACAAGAUGGCAGUGCAACUUUCAAUAACAACUAGACGGGAUAGAUCGAUAAUGUCAUUUCG